AUGCAGCAAAAACUGACCGCCAUGCACCAGCAAGUCUGGCAUACAGUGCAAAUGCCCCAGCAGCAGAGGGAACCGGCCGCUGAUCCUAAGCACCCUCAGCAAGUGUGGCAUCCAGCUCAAAUGCUGCACAAGCAACCGACCUCUAUGCCCCAGCAAGUGUGGCAUCCAGCUCAAAUGCCCCAGAAGCAACCAGCAGCUGAGGCCCAGAAGCAGCUGAACAGCAGACUCAACCGGCCGCUAUGCCCCAGCAAGUGUGGCAUCCAGCUCAAAUGCCCCAGCAGCAACUGA